UUUCAUUCCACGCGUCGUGCCUCUCCCAUAUAUCGCGUGCGACUGCUCUUCAUUUUGAUACAACACUUCGCUGGGCGGAGUUACCAAAACUGAAGUCAUGCCGCGUUCCUCGCGUUACGAAGACCGUGCCAACAUCCUGCGGGGCUCCGAAGACACGAUCUUCAGACUGGUGUGCGAUAGGGCCACGCCAGAACAAUGGGCGGAGUGGCUGAGGGCUCCGUUAGAGCACGCGGCGGCCACAGCGGACCAUGACCUGGUGAAGAAGCUGCUGAACGCCGGAGCGAACGGGAGCACGGGUUGGGUGGGUUGCGAUGGCAAAACUCUGUUGCAUGCAGCCGCGGAGGGCGGUAACGCGCAGGUGAUCAUGGCGCUGCUGAGGGCAGGGGCGGCAGGGGACAAGGACACCGCAGCCUCGUACAAAAAGCGAACCCCGCUUCAUGUUGCGGUUUCUGGCGGGAAGGAGGCUGCUGCGAAGGCGCUCAUGAUGGCCGGAGCGGAUGUACACUCUCUCGACACCGACCAGGACACUCCGCUUCACUUGGCCAUCGAAGGCGGUUACGUAGAACUUGCCGAGGACCUACUGCUCAGCGGAGCUGAUCCCAAUGCCAAAGGUUCAAGAGGCUCCUACCCUGUUCAGCUCGCUGCUGGCCGUGGCCAGGAUGAGGUAGUCUCGGCCUUGGUGCAAAAGGGAGCGAGCCUGAACUGCCUCGAUGCGGUAGGGAAGACCCCCCUCUACCUGGCGGUUGUCGAAGACCGCGUGUCCACGGUGAAACUUCUCCUGGCUUCGGGUGCCGACGCAAGCUUUCGCCUGGCCAAUGCGACGACCGUCCUACACGUAGCCGCGGAGUAUAACAAAGCCGGUGCCAUCGGAACUCUCAUUGAGGCUGGGGCUGAUAUCGAAGCCCGGAGCAAAAGCGGACAGACCCCUUUGUGGUUUUCGGCCUUCUACGGCUCGUACACCGCCAUGCUCACGCUACUGCAACUCGGAGCCGGCGUGAACUCGGUAGGAACCUCCGGAUCGACACCCUUGCACGCCGCGUGCAAGAGAGGCCACGCAGACGUUGCACGCCUGCUGUUGAGAUGGGGCGCAGACGAGACCAUCGUCGACAACCGUGGCCGAACUGCCUACCAGAGGUUGCCAGCGAUCGACAACGUGGUCGAAGAAUACCGCCCGGGAAUCGAGCGUCUGUCCAAGGUGCUGGCACGCGCCCCGCAAGACAGAGCCUGGUGCCGCCGGGGCUUCCUCGUCAUGUGCCGUGCCCGUCCAGACAAGGUGCGACUAAAAACAGCAGAGGUCUUAGAUCCGACAGCGGCUGGCCACCAGCCACAGGAGCGAGACGAGGGACUCGUUGGUUUGGCAGCACGGCUGAUGAAGCUAUCCGACGAGGACUUGUUCCGCAAGGUCGUGGGACUGCUGUAGAGCGAGCAAGGUCAGCCCUGUGCCGACGAUCAGCUAGUGCAUCGGCGGCGUUCUUGGUUGCUGGAGAGCAUGGCAAUUGUGGCAGACUGGGCGGGAGAGCCACACUUUUUUGCUCAGCAGUCUUCGGAAAUAGGCACAGCGUACCGAUGCGCCCGUCAGUUAAUGUUCCUGACAAAUUAUCGCGAGGCCAGCGCGAACGCGCGCUCGAACUUUUUUUUUUUGUGUAUAUGACAAGGGAGAGAGAACGUACUGUAUUGCUGCUUACGAGAUUGGGGUAGCACGGGCCUGCAGAUCGUAUACGUGGGCGUUGGGGAGCGACCGUUUCACCGACGUGGUGUUCGAACGGGAACAAGCGAGAGCGAAGGACUCGUGGUGGUUUGACUUUUUUUUUCUUGUAAAAUUUUCCUCGUUGCUCUUAACCACUGAAAAUGUACAUUUUUUAGACCCUUGUACGUGUUGCCGCCCUAUUUUUAGUUCUUCCCCCGCCCCAUGCACGACUAUGAGUACACCCCCCCCUCCCCCCGCCCCCCCUGCUAGAAGUGCAUUUUUUCCAUGAUCGAUGCCCGGUUGGUUUAUUGAUCGUUCUUUUGUUGGUCUAGAUAGUGGAAAGGUUGUGACCGUGUAGUUGGGUAGAGUGUGAGGAUAUUUCGAAGCCCGUUAACAAGGACGGGCGUACAUCUUGGUUUGCCCUGUGUUUUUGUAUCGGUUAUAUCGACUGCUUGCAUUGUUAUCGGUCCGGAGAAGCAUGGGCUUCGUAAGUCCUUGCGUGUGAAUAAAUACCAUGGGCGUGGGCUGCUGUUUGUCCACUCUUUUCUUCAGUUUGUCCAAACGUAGGUGUUGUGGAUGUCUUGCAAACACUUUGUACACAUGAUUGGGCGGUGAGACUCUUGCUCCCUUGUACAAGAUGGAUUGUAGCUGUUUUGGGUCUGUCGAUCCCGGACAUUCGGUGAUGUGUGCGUGAUUUUUCGCUACCCGCAGAUGAUCUGGGUCGUAGGGGUUGCCUUCGGUUGCUUGUAUCUGGUCUGCCCGACAGCAGGUAUUUAGUACCCAGCCAGCGCCUGCACAUUAUUCAUGUAGGUGGAACGUGUUCCUCCCUGGUAGGCGAUGGUGUUGGUGGCUAGCUCUCGUUGGGUCUGUCGAUAGUAGUUUUUUUUUAUCCAGUCGAGAAAUGCCGAUGUGUAUUUUGCGGGCGUGAGCAGUGUGUUCGCUCUUAUUAAGAGGAUGGAGUUAUAUUAUACUGCUCUAUCGCUCUCUUGAUAUCCACUCGUCUAUUACGGGCUGAGUUGUUGCGCCUAUUAACUACAUGUAAAGGUUCAGUGUGGGGUGUAGGGGGUGCGGUGUUUCCCCUGCCACAAAUGAUGACGUGUUACAAUCCGUGUUUUUUCUCGCCUAGCUGGCUCU